CGUAAAUGUACGUCACUUCCUCCUGCUAUGGACGGCCGCACGUGUUGAACCAGCGACUGUUUACAGUUAACUCCUGACUUUAAGUUAUAAAAUAUACAAAACACUGUAGCUGGGUCUUCUGUCACACCACAGUGAUGCCGAAGGUGAAGAAACCCAAAGGCGGAGGAGGAGAGAGGAGCGCGGCGGCGGUGGCGCUGGCGGACCAGAUCCUACAGGCGGACACAGUGCGAGGCCGAGGCCGGGUGAAGAGCAGGGACAGCCGGCCUGAAGACGAGGACACGUACGUAGACGAGCGUCUGUCGCGGAAGAUCUUACAACAGGCCCGAAUUCAACAAGAGGAGCUCCAGACUGAAUAUGGACUGGCACCAGAGACGAAGAAAGCACCUGUCACUGUCCUCGGGCCUGAUGCUCAGGAUGCAGACUCAGACGAGGAGUGGCCGGCGCUGGGAGAGGCUGGCGCUGGUGACGGCGAUGCUGAGUGUGAGACUGAAGUUGUUGUUGACGCUGACGACGAGAAGGCCAUUGAGAUGUUCAUGAAUAAAAACCCUCCAAUGAGACGCACUUUAGCCGAUAUCAUCAUGGAGAAGAUUACAGAGAAGCAGACUGAGGUGGGAACCGUGAUGUCAGAGGUGUCAGGGUGUCCAAUGCCCCAGCUGGACCCGAGGGUAACAGAAGUGUACAAAGGUGUCAGUAAGGUUCUCUCAAGAUAUCGCAGCGGUAAAUUACCAAAGGCUUUUAAAAUAGUCCCAGCGCUUUCAAACUGGGAGCAGAUUCUCUAUUUGACGGAGCCUGAGACUUGGACUGCAGCUGCCAUGUACCAAGCAACAAGAAUCUUCUCCUCCAACCUGAAAGAGCGAAUGGCCCAGCGGUUUUACAACCUGGUGCUGCUGCCCCGAGUGCGGGAUGAUAUCGCAGAGUACAAGCGACUCAACUUUCAUCUCUACAGUGCUCUGAAGAAGGCCUUGUUCAAACCAGGAGCGUGGUUUAAAGGUGAGACAGAAGGGAUGUUUAGCUUUCUUUUUGCCUCCGAACAGAAGACGGCACUGCUGGAGCUGCUCAAGAUACAAACACACCCUCAGAUCUCUGCAGAGAUCCGCAGAGAACUGCAAAACUCGGAGUCGAGGGAUCUUGAGAUUGGGCUCCCUGUUACGGUUGAAAUGGACUGAGGACUCAGUCUGGUGUGGCGUAUCAUCCUCCUCCUCUGAUGCAGAUGAUUCAUGGUUCCUCAGCACGAAGAAAACUUUGUUAAAUUUAACUUCAUUAUUCUUCCUGUCCCAUGAAAGGGCUGUUUCAAAGGUCACAGUCUACCAUUACGGUCUGUCAGGAGCCAUGAUUCUUUUCCCUACUUGGAUGACUUUGCAUAGUUAAAGAUGCACAUCAGUAGUGAUGUUAAUGUUGUAUUUUCUUAUCAUGAGCCUGAGCUUUUUUUACUGCAGUUGCAGUGCCGUGAUUGCUCAGGAAUAUGAAGACUGGUGUUUGUGUACAUUUGAUUAAGAGCAACAACUUGGAUUAAAAACUAACUGUCAGGUA